UUUCUCCCAGGCUGACACGCUGCCGUCCACACGGUAACUUCGACUCGGGAGGCGGCGCGCAUGAGAGCGGAUGCGGAGCGCGGCAGCGUCCGCCGGUGCGUGUCAGAGUUGGACGCCAACUGACGAUGGAAGGAGCUGAGCUCGGGGCCCACGACCACGCGCGCCCCUGACCGUGCACGGCGAGCAGGACCUGCAGCAGCUUUUUUGGGGGGCGGGGGGGGGGACGCUCCGGUCCUGGUGGGAUGAGUAAGGCGGGAACACCGCAGCCGUGUCUGACAGAGUGCGUGCGUGGGGGGUCCACUCGCGCCGUGGAUUAACACACUUUGUGAGAAAACCCCCUCCCUGAAGGAAUAUACCUCAUUUUGCCAAUAUCGCUGAGGAUCGUUAACCAGGUGGAAUUGUGAGCCAAUUAACGUCCUGUGAGAGACCCCUCUGCUCCCCCUUCCUCCUCCCCCUCCCAUCCCACUUCAAAGCCCCAACCUGGACACCCCACCCCACACCCCCACCCCUCGCCUCCCCUCCUUGUGUCUGUCCGUGUCUUCCAGGAGAGGACACAGGUGUGAUUCCAUGGCUGCGGAGGUCACUGGCUGAUAGCUCGCCUUGGAGGUCCAAAACCCACCUACACCCCCACCCCCUCUCCUCCUCUUCCUCCUCCUCUUCCUCCUCUGAAGGGUGAAGGGGAGAUUCCGCCUGUCAGAGUGUAACCCCCCCCCCUUCCUCUGUCCACCCUGGUGACACCUGGUCCCCCCUGACCCUCUCCCCCCCCCAAACAGAAUGAGACUGUUCAAAAUGUGCCGUCUGCACGCGCUGGGCAUCUAUUUGUGGGAGACCUUGGUGUUCUUCAGCCUGGCGGCGUCCAAAGAAGCCGCGGCGAGGAAGGCUGCCUCCCCAAUGCCGCCCUCUGAGUUCCUGGACAAACUCAUGGGCAAAGUUUCGGGCUACGAUGCCAGAAUCCGCCCCAACUUUAAAGUGUGGAACAAAGACCCCAAAGGCUCCAAAAAUGAAGCUACUCACAAGAAAGGUCCACCCGUCAACGUGACCUGCAACAUCUUCAUCAACAGUUUUGGCUCCAUCGCUGAGACAACCAUGGACUACAGAGUCAACAUCUUCUUGAGGCAGCAGUGGAACGACCCUCGGCUGGCCUACAGCGAGUACCCUGACGACUCGCUGGAUCUGGACCCCUCCAUGUUGGACUCCAUCUGGAAGCCGGACUUGUUCUUUGCCAACGAGAAGGGUGCCAAUUUCCACGAGGUCACCACCGACAACAAGCUGCUCCGCAUUUCCAAAAACGGCAACGUUCUCUACAGCAUACGAAUAACCCUGGUCCUGGCCUGUCCCAUGGAUCUGAAGAACUUCCCAAUGGAUGUGCAGACGUGCAUCAUGCAGCUAGAGAGCUUCGGCUACACCAUGAAUGACCUCAUUUUCGAGUGGGACGAGAAGGGUGCCGUGCAGGUCGCCGACGGCCUGACGCUUCCUCAGUUCAUCCUGAAGGAAGAGAAGGACCUGCGCUACUGCACCAAACACUACAACACAGGAAAGUUCACCUGCAUCGAGGCUCGUUUCCACCUGGAGCGACAGAUGGGCUACUACCUGAUCCAGAUGUACAUCCCCUCCCUGCUCAUCGUCAUCCUUUCCUGGGUGUCCUUCUGGAUCAACAUGGACGCGGCGCCGGCCCGGGUGGGUCUGGGCAUCACCACGGUGCUGACCAUGACCACACAGAGCUCCGGCUCCAGGGCCUCCCUGCCCAAGGUGUCCUACGUUAAAGCCAUUGACAUCUGGAUGGCCGUAUGUCUGCUCUUUGUUUUCUCGGCGCUGUUGGAGUACGCCGCCGUCAACUUCAUCGCUCGUCAGCACAAAGAGCUGCUUCGCUUCAGACGGCGGCGACGGCACAUGAAGGAGGACGAGACGGGUGAGGGUCGUUUCAGUUUCCCGGGUUACGGCGUGGGCCCCGCCUGCCUGCAGGCCAAAGACGGCAUGGCCAUCAAGGGCAACAACAACAACGCCCCGCCCUCGGCGGCGCCGGAGAAGAGCAUCGAGGAGAUGAAGAAGCUGUUCAUCAGCCGCGCCAAGCGCAUCGACACGGUGUCUCGCGUGGCCUUCCCGCUGGUCUUCCUCAUUUUUAACAUUUUCUACUGGAUCAUCUACAAGAUCAUUCGCAGCGAGGACAUCCACAAGCAGUAGACACACCGCCCACCCCCGUUUCCCCUCCCCAUCUGCAUGGCUGCCACGCCCACCCCUCGGUGUGGGAGGAGUCUGACCAGACGGGUGGGGGGGAUCAUGUCCAUCACAAACUUUAACCCCGCCCCUAACAGGAAGUAACAAAGCAAUGCAACAAGAAUAUUUACAUGCUGUCCCCCGUCACCCUUUGACCCCUCCAUGACACCCAGCAGCUGCUGUGAGAUCACGUGACUGAAUUAGAACGAGAACCGAGAACGCUGACUCAUCGUAUUUAUUUAUGUGCCAAACAAAGGUCAUGUGACCACCCUGGACGUCCUCGUCCCCCCGUUCCCCGGUCAGGACUGACAGAGACGUGUUUACGUCUAAUUAGUGCUUCCUCGCUGUGACCCCUCCCCCCACCAUCAUGUGACACGCAGCUUCUCUAUGCAACCAUCCAUAUGCAAACGAUGCCGGCUCUGCCCUCAUCCAUCUGCCAAUCGUGUGCUGAGGCCCAGUGCAUGCUGGGACUUACUUUUAUGACUUCAUCAAUUCUAUUUUAUUUGUCAAAAAAAAAAGAACAUUCCAUACCAGCAGGGGGCAGCAAAGUGACAAGCAAUUCCUAACUUUCUUAGCAUCAGUUAGCAAAGCUAUUUUUAUGUACUUUGCUUAGUUUGACUGGAAACGACAUUUUGCUAUCUGGCAACACGGUUAGUGACAGCUAGCCCAACCAACUAGCUUAACAUCAACAACAUUCUUCUUUAUAUUUCUUGUUUGACUUCCUCCUGCUGGUUUGUCGAGAAACUUAUAUUCUUCUUUCUGUUCUUUAUCCUCGUUCGCUUUGUCACGUUUUCGCCACCUGGGCUCCUUCGUUGGCUAGCAUCACCUACCGAGGACGUCUUUUGUCCAUUUGACACGCAAGCGCGCCCUCUAGUGGUUAAGCUUUCACAGGUGUGAAUGAAGUUUCCUCAUUGUUCUCAAACCUUUUCUAAAAGACAAACGUAUGUUUUUUGUGUCCAUCUCCGUCGUCGGCGCAGCAACAGCACCUGUCAGGAUGUCAACGUCAAUUUUUUGUGACAUCGUGUUGGAGCAAAGUGAUGGUUUCUCCGUGCCAUAGCCACCGCCGCUAGCUAGCUAGCUAACAGGUGAUUUUGUGCCAUGCGGGGCGGGGAGGGUGUGAACAUGUCAUUCCUACAAGGACCUACAAACAUUUUGUGCUUCCAUUGGAGUAGCUUCUCCUCCGGCGUGAGAUCAUGUGACUUCUUAUUAAAUGGGGGGAGGGGGGUCCGAGCGGCUUCUAGAAGAUUAGGUUGGAUUUUGAAGUAGCAUGUUUGAUUUUUUGAUGAAUUUAAUUCCAAUUUGUUGCAUUUGAUGGGCGGCUGAGACGACGUUGGAUUUGUUGAUUUGCUUCGCACACGUUGGAAUGGCCUUAAUUUUGCUUUCUGUUGUCAACUGGCACCAAGUGCAAACGCUUUGAGUGCAUAUCUGAGCAGGUUGGAAAAACAAGUUGCGCAAAUAACUUAUUUUCAUUCAUCUGAGAAAUAUUUUGCAUGAAUAUUAAAGAGAUUGGCAGAUAUUUUGCUCGCACAAAAUUGUGAAGCAAUUUGAAGAGAAAAAAAAGAAUGUAGCGUUUCUGCUGUUUCUGUAUAUAUGGAAGUAUUUAUUGAAAUAUGUCACACUACUAAUUCUAUUAACCACAAGACAAAACGUUUUAUGAAGCUGUUUUUGAACAUUGUCGACAAGCUUGUUGUUUCUCCACUUCAGGAUCUGUGUCAUGUUCAAAAAAAAAAAAAGCAUUAAAAAUGGCAAAGAAAUGUUUGACGUCUCUGGUUUCUUUUUUCCCCCUACCAUGUUUUUGACACAUCUUGGUGUCACAUUUGACUUCAGCUUUGAGUCGACCAUGUUGCUUUUCCUAAUCACUGCAGUAACUGCCAUUGGCCGCUUGGCGGCAGCAGAGAACACAUUGUUGACAUUCUUUGACGGUAAACGGGUACUGACGCUUAGCGGAAGUGGAGGGACGCGAGUGGCAGGGAGGACUUUCAAUA